UCGACUGAUUUUAUGUGGAUACUAGCGCCGCGAGUAACAAGCUCGUCCAUAAAGUAUGUUUAUUAUCGACAAUGCGAAACAGACUGUAGUGGCGGAAUGAAAAUGGCUAAUUGUCAGGUUCGUUGGUGCAGCAGGUGAGCGAUCAAUUAUCGUUAAUAUCAGGACAUUAGUUGCUUCGGGAUGAACGGUGCGCAGUUUGUAGCGAUCUGAACGGUUGAAAUCAGUGAAAAUUGUGUCGAUUUUGGUGUUGUCGAACGAGUUAAUGGAUUUUCUGAAGAGGUGCGUGAUCAAGAUUACCGCUGGAAGGCUUGUUGGCUCCUUUUUUUCUACGGUGAUAACAAGUUUUCAGUUUGUUAGAAAUGAGCCAGCCAAUGAUCAUUACUCGUCUGGCUUCACUCUUAUACGGGAAUCAAUAACCUUCUAGAGGGAAAAAAGAACGGAUGCGACGCGGUCUCAAAACAUUGAGACACAUCAGCAAAACGUAGAUUAAUUUAUUACGUCCAUUCAGAAAACAUACGUCCACCCGUUGUUUCUCCCGUAUCAGUAACCGCGCGGAAAAAAGUGAUGCAUGAAAAGUCUCGAUAUUACGAGGCACGUGUUUGUAUUGGAGUAAGAGCUGCUCUGUGUGUAUGUGUGCCAGGUGCACUGUUGCAUCCCUCUGAUGAGCGCCAUGCACCGUUUAGACCAUAGCCAUAAUGUCAUCCCGAAGGCUACUUCUUAGUAAUUCACAAAGGGUUCACUCUUCCGUGAAGUACAGCGCAUGGAUACUUUCCAGGCAAUACCUAGCACGUACCUUGCUAGAGAAAUAUUUGUGGUAGAUCCUCGGUGAAUCAAGAGUAUGGCUUCUGGUGCAUCUUCCUUGGAUAGUGCUGGAAGUAGUGAUGGAGCACUCAAUAUGGAAAGAGAUAGUGGAGGCUAUGGCAGUGUCGGCAGUCCUGUCGGUGGGCCUGAAUGUCGUAGUGAUUAUGACGGUUUGCAAGCUCAAUGUGAUCAAGCCAUGCAUCAGCUUCAGCUACUUAGGCAUAAACACUCCGAUACUAUAAGACGGUGUGAACAUACUAUGAAAGAAUUGGAAUACUACAGAGGACAGCAUAUAGCAGUCAUGAAUCAGUUAGAGGCAACAUCACAAGAGAGUUCCGCACUGCGGGGCAAAUAUGGAGAUCUGGUAAAUGAUAAGCAACGCCUGGAUCGGGAAGUUCAGGCGUUGCAGAAAGAAGUGUCCGAAUUGCGAUGCCAAAAUCAAGAAGUUCUUGUUUCCGAUGCUGGUAAUAGCGACACCAUGAAUCAACAUUAUUUAUCUGCGCUUCGAAAAUACGAAGCCGUUAAAGAUGAGUAUGAUGCCCUUCGAAAACGGUACGAUGACUUAAUAUCGUCUCAUUCAUCGGCUGUUAACAAGUUGGAAUUAUCGCAAGAAGAAGCUGCCAGAUUGAAGAAACAAUACGAUGAAAUUGUUCAAGAGCGCAAUAGUGCGGUUCGUGAGCGUAAUGGUUUGAAGCAACAGUGCACAGCUGCGAUUAGACAAUGGGAUAUUGCGUUGAGGGAGAGAAACGAAUAUCGCGAAGCUUUGGCCAAAGUGCAGCAACAGCACGAGGAGGCGGUGAAAGAAAUUAAUCAUGCAAUGGUGCUACGCAUGAAGGCUAGCAAGGAUAUGAAACGAUUAACAGAGGAGAGGAAUGCUGCGUUGCAAGAAUACAGUUUAAUUAUGGGUGAAAGGGAUACGGUGCAUAAGGAGAUGGAGAAGCUUGGGGAUGAUCUUACGCAGGCAUAUACAAAGAUCACCCAUAUAGAAAAUCAGAACAAGCAAUUUAUGGAAGAGAAAAAAGCUUUAUCCUAUCAGAUAGAAACUUUAAGGAGGGAAAUUUCAUCGGCUCUGCAAGAUCGGGACGAGGCUUUAAAGCAAUGCAACGAACUGCGUCAAAAGUUCGGCGAUUAUUCCGAGGGUUCGAGUCGAGAUUACAAAAAUCGGAUGGAAUUGCAUUCGUCGUACAACCACGAGCGUGACAAUUCGAGCAAAGAGGCCGAGAGAGAGAGCAACACCGCUGAUUACACUAAACGCGACAAAGAGCGUAUGGAUAAUUUGGAUCAAGCGAAUCUCGAGUUGGAUAAACUGAGGAAAUCCGUUGACAAGUUGCAGACGGAGCUGGAGGAAGCUUUGCAAGAAGCUGAGGUGUCGAAGCGGAGACGAGAUUGGGCGUUCAGCGAGAGGGACAAGAUAGUGUUGGAGAGGGAAAGCAUCAGAACGUUGUGCGACAGGUUGAGGAAGGAGCGCGACCGAGCCGUGUCGGAAUUGGCCGGGGCUUUGCGCGAUUCCGACGACAUCAAGAAGCAACGGAACGAGGCGUCGAAGGAGUUGAAGGAUCUCAAGGAGAAGAUCGAGUCCGGCGAUCACGCGUUGCGAGCGAAUCAAUUUGCCCAAACGUUGGGCAUCCACGAUUCGACGCUCGACACCGACGCGAACGAUUGGGAAAUUAUCCCCGUCCACUUGGACCUCGGCCGACUUUGCCUAGAUUCUGAUCGUGACCUUGGAUUGACGCUGGUCGGUGGCCGUGACAAUCCUUAUUAUCCCAACGACACGGGAAUUUACGUCGCCCAGGUGAUAUCCGGAAGCGCGACCGACGGCAAAUUGAGAGCGAACGAUUGCAUCGUGCGAGUGAACAACGUGGAUUGUACAUCCGUUUCCACCCGUAUCAUCAUGGAAACUUUACGUACCUGCUCGGGCGGUUCCGCCACGUUGACGGUAAGGAGACGACGUUUGACCAGAAGAUCGUUGAGGACCACUCAAUUGUCCGUUGGCUCGGUUCCUCAUGGUAUUUCUUUGGAACUCGGUGUAUACAUUUCAAAGAUCUCGCCCGGCAGUCUAGCGGCUAAAGAUGGCAAUCUUGCCGUUGGGGACAGAGUUCUGAACAUUAAUAGUAAACCGAUGGAAGGGAUCAAUUCCAGUCAUGAAGCAAUGGCAACAUUGAACGAUACGAGCACGGAUGUGUUGACUAUUACAACAUUGAAGGGGAUACCAUUGCCUUCGGCUACCAGUUCCGAGACAAUGACCAUCGACGCCAGUUUCGGCGCAGAGAAACAGAAAAUGGUGAACAGUUGUUCCCAGACGGAGCAAGGGAGGAUAUUGUUGAAAAUCCCGUCGGACGAUUACGAGAGAAGGCACGUUGCUUCGAACUUCGGCGACAGAAGUAUAUACAAAGUAUCGAAAUCGGUGAGCGGCGAGAAGCCGAGCGGGAUCAGCAAUGCCUGGGACAAUAUAAGGGAGAAGAUCGACAUAGUUCGGGGGCGGAAGCACAGCAAGGAUCGGGAGGAGAAGAAGAAACGGCAUCGAAACUCGAGCCCGAACACGUUCGAGCAAGAGCAGGACGCCAUAGCCGAGUUGGAUUCCGUGAUAGAGAGUUAUCACAAGAAGGCGAACAACGGGGUGUUGAAACGGAGCAAGCGGCGGGGAACCGAGAAAGCCGUGGAGAAGAACGGAGGUACGUGGCCGAAGGCCAGGGGCGGACCCCUGAUACAGAACGGCACCGGUACCAUUUUGCACUCCCGUAAGACGAAAGAAAGAUUGCCCCUAAGCGUGCUCCUCAACCAACAACCGCCCAAGUACGAGAGCACUUACAAUUACAACCGUAUCUCCAACCCCAUCCCGUUGACCAAUUUUCCCGUCAACGUGAACAAUCGGCACACCGUGUACAAAUCCGUAGAGAAACCGUUGUCGAACUUCCUUAAAACCGCCGGCCCGUUAUUCAGUCAGAAAUCCUUUACUCCAGUGGUCCAGUUCAAAGAUAUACCGAUAGAUAAGCAGAAAUCGGCGGCGGCCGAGUACGAGAGCACGGAGGUGAACAGGCUUGGCUCGACCCUAACCCCGUCCGAGACCAGCAUCGACUUCUCCGUGAAGUCGGGCAAAGACGUGGAUUAUUUCACGAGGAAGAGGGCGCAAAAGUAUACGGUUGGGAGCGAGGAGCGUCAACAAGUGGACGCGUCACAGCACAACAGGGCCCAGUCCCAAGUUUAUUCGGGGGCCGGAUCGUCAACCUCGUCGACCAGCGGGCCUAGACAACAAUUGGCAACAACCGGUAAUUUUUCAUUUCCCCCGUACACGCAUUCGCAUCCGCAUCCCCAUCAACAAAACUCUUUGCCGUCGAGGUACCCCUCCCCGCCCUCCUUGCCGUCUGCACAGUCGGGGGAGUCGAUAGGGCUUCCCGAUGCACGAUCUUAUUGUUUCGAACCUUCGUAUAGCCCCGGCCCGCAAACAGGAUUCGCAGGGCAUUUGCACACACCCUCCGUAGACUUGCAUUAUCACAAAGCUCGCGGACCGCCGAUCCACGCCAACGCGUACGACGUAGUGUCGGCUGUCGCGUCGUCGUACACGCACGGUUACGAGGGCGGCACGUUUCCGAGGAAGAAGGAGAACCAACGGUUUCGAAUACCGUCCAAUCCUAGCGUCACGUCCAAGAGCAGCGUGGGCAAAUUGUCAACGGGCAGUAUAGAGAGAACUUCGGAAAGGGGGAGCCCGAUGCCGACGUUCCACGUCGAGGUGCUUAGCCCCGGCACGGGAGGGAGUAGCUCCGGUGGAACUAUAAGAGGAAGUGGCGGGAACAAGAGAUCCAGCAUGCCCGAUUAUUGCUACUCCCAACCUAGGCCCGCACCGGGCGAACUGAGAAGGGUUCAUAUAGACAAAUCCGUCGAGCCGUUGGGCAUACAAAUUUCCUGCCUGGAGAGCGGAGGUGUAUUCGUUUCCACGGUCAGCGAGCACAGUUUAGCGUCCCAAGUGGGCCUUCAAAUCGGCGAUCAAUUGCUCGAGGUCUGCGGCAUCAAUAUGAGGAGCGCCACUUAUCAACUUGCUGCCAAUGUGUUACGCCAGUGCGGUAAUUCCAUUACGAUGCUGGUGCAGUACAGUCCAGACAAGUACAAUGAGUUGGAAGAGGGUUCCGCUUCUUCGAGCUCGUCAGAAGCUGGUGGUGCUGAAGGAGGUAGUCGUAGCGGAUCCCCAACGCCUUGCAACAGCCCCGAAGCUCCCAGGAAGACAACCAUUGAGCCGUUGGAAACUUCGGAACCUGAACGCGACGCUUCCAGUAGUUUGAGUACAACGCGCGAUACUUCUAACGCGUUAAACAUUAUGCGAGAAACUUCCAACACCUUGGAACCGCCACGCACCAUUCGAGAAAGAGACAUCAGAAAUUCUGCCUCUUUGGAAGUGCCGAGCACGCAGCAGAGGGAGCGAGAGAUCAGAGCAUCGGCGUCGUUGGACAUCAAUAUCAGGAAACCGGAACUGCGUAGUUCAGCCACGUUGGAUAACAUGCGUAAUUCCGCAACCCUGGACACGUUACGGGGCACCGCGAAUACUCUCACGCGAGCGCAGCUCAAUCAAGCAGCGACCACGUUGCAACGGCAGAACGCUACCGUAAGAAGCCCAACGCAGGAGGAUCAAAAUCGUAAAAGCCCGCCACCGAGCGAGCCGAGAUACCUGUUCAUCGAAACGAGAAAGUGCUCGAAUCUAGGCAUCUCGCUUGUCGGUGGCAACGGUGUUGGGAUAUACGUGCAUUCGGUGCAACCAGGCUGCCUUGCGGAAGACGCGGGUUUGCGCCCCGGUGACCGUAUCUUGGAAUAUAAUGGCGUUGAUCUCAGACAGGCAACCGCGGAACAGGCUGCGUUAGAAUUGGCCAGACCGGCGGAUAAAGUAACACUGAUUGCUCAAUACGUACCUGAAAGGUAUAACGAAGUGAAGGAUAAACCUGGGGACAGUUUUUACGUGAAAGCAAUGUUCGAUCGGGUAGGCGAAGUUGGAGACAGCCUACAACUUAGGUUUAAUAAAGAUGAUAUUUUAUACGUUGAUAAUACAAUGUUUAAUGGUACUCCGGGUCAUUGGCGAGCUUGGAUUGUUGAUCAGACCGGAAGAAGGCAAACUUGCGGUAUAAUUCCAAGUAAAUUCAAGGUCGAAGAAGAAUUGCUUUUGAGACGUUCGUUAGGUGAUUUGGAAACUGAUACUACUAGAAGAGGUAGCACAAGUGCGAGAAGAAGCUUUUUCCGUCGGAAAAAACAUCAACGUUCUUCCAGCAGAGAUAGUAAAGAAUUGUCACAUCUUACAGGAGUAAAUUUGGGUUGGUAUAGCGAUAGUGGUACAUUGAACGAAGACACUCUUCCAGCAAGCUACCAACGUGUUGAACGAUUAGAUUAUCCAGCUUUAAGACCAGUAUUGAUUAUCGGGCCGUUGAGCGAAUGUGUAGUAACAAAACUAUUACAAGAAUUUCCAGGGCAGUUCACUAGAUGUCUUGCAGAAGCAAUGCAUUGUUCUCAAGCAACGCUCGAACAAGGUUUACGUGAUUCUCUUUACGUGGACUACAGAAAAAAAGGAAGCUAUUUCGAGUGUACCACAGUGCAAGCUGUGAAGGACAUCUGUGAGAAGAAUACUCAUUGCAUUUUGGAUGUUUCGAUUGCAUCGAUUGAGCGACUUCAUCGACAUCAAAUCUAUCCUAUAGUUUUGUUGAUUAAAUUUAAAAGUACCAAACAAAUAAAGGAAGUGAAAGAUUCGAGAUAUCCAAGCGAUAAAGUUAGUGCCAAAGUUGCCAAGGAGAUGUAUGAACAAGCAUUGAAAUUGGAAGCUGAGUAUAGGCAUCAUAUUUCUGCUGUAAUUCCAGCUGGUGUAAAUGUUGCAUAUAUAUGUACGCAAGUAAAAGCUGCGGUAGAUGAAGAGCAAAGCAAAGCACUUUGGGUUCCCAGAGGGCCUCCCUGACAUUUAAGGGGGGGUCCCCACAAACCGCAGUGGAAAUCAAUCUAAAUUCCACCAGGGGGCCCUUACGCCGUACGAUUGUACAAAAUUGUUACAAGUUUGUUUUUUAUGGUCUCUUAUUUGUCUCGAUGAUAUACAAGAAUUUCGAUUUUUCUUUUUAUAGUUUCAUUACUGCGAUUGUUUCAAUAAUUUUUAUCUAUUUUGUUAUCGUAAUUCACUUAUGCAAAGAUUAAUGUGUUUUUUAGCCUUUCUUUUUCUUUAUCUUUAUUACGUUGAAAUUACAUAAUAUAAAUUACAAAGUUUAUUUUAAUCAAUUUUUUUUAUAUAAAUACUUCAUCAAAUAUCUAACGAUUUUAACAAAUAUUUGACACUAAUUAAAUAGUACUAAUGUUUCCUAUAAAACAUCGCAGAAAAAUAUAGUAUGUGAUGUAACUCUAGCUGGUUUUAUAAGAUUUUCCUAAAUCGUUAAAUAUGUUCAAGAAACUAUUCAUAUUUCAAGAAAGAAAGCGAAAUAUUUUUCGUGUCUGCUUCGGACCUCGAUCGAUCAUAAUUUCUCAGUUAGAUAUUCAAUAAUAUGCAGAGUUUUUUGGCAUGAGACCAUAAAUGAAACGAUGUAGCAAAUAAAAAUAUUCAUCGUACCGUGGCCCGUAAAAAAACAUUUUGGUGGAUGAAUUCGUCGUAAGAUUCGUUAGCGAAUAAAUUUCAGCCAAUCGUACUUGUCUGAUAUUAUUAACUCCUCGAAUCAUCCCUAUUUUGUACAGAAUAAUAUAAUUUCGCGUAAUUAGUAUUAUUGUACAGAAAAUGUAAUAUUAUAAAUUAAAAAAAGUUACUUAUUUGUAUAUAAUUUACUUACAAAACUUAUGGAUUAUAUGCUUCUUAAUUUUUAGUUUAGACGAAUCCUUUAAAUUUAAGUGAUAAUUUAGUCAUAUUGUUUUAUAUAUAUAUAUAAAUAACUGUUUAUAAUCCAUUUGUUGAAAUUGCGCGACUUGUUGAUUUGAGGGGUUAAUAUUUUAAGAUUUAAGAUCGAGGAAUUAAAAAAAAUGUAAAGAAAAAUGAAUAUGGAAUUGAAAAAUAAUGGCUUGUUUCCGCCAUUUUUUUAAUUUGUAAAUAUUCUAAAAUGAUAAUAAGCAAUAGAUAUUCGUGACACAGACUAACUCAAUAUAAAAAACGCUCGUAACAAAAUAUAUAAUGCGUUAUUGCUUUUUUUACUUCUAUAGUUUGAAUUAUUUUACGAAUUUAUACUAUAAUGAUGAUGUUUUUUAAUCGACUUUAAGGCGCUUUAUAAGGUGCAGUCAUAUUUUGAAAGAUAUAUAAAAUGAAAGCACGUAUUAUUACGUAUCUACAUUCAGAAUCUAAUACAUAUUUUAUAUUACAUUUUUAUAAGAAAAAAAAAGUAUAGUUUUUCUUAUUACAAUUUUAAAAAUUAUAUUUAAAUUGUUUCGUUCUUAGUUUUCUUUUUUUUAACAUUUUGAUAAAUAUAAUGAAUUUUUUUACAUUAUUUACAGUAUCUGAGGUGUAGAUAUGUACAAGUUUCUUAUAUAUUAUCGCAAAAAAUUAAGGGUACGUUUAAUGUACCAAGAAGUAAAUAUUAAAUUUAAUCAUAAAUAAAUUUAUCAUAACAAUGCUUCGAUACUUAAAUUACACAAUUUUUUUUUGUAUUAGAAAUGAAGCCUUUUUGAUUUUAAAAUAGGCUUGCAUUUUCUAAUGAUGUAGAUGAAUAUUAUAUAAAUCAAGGAAACAUUUUUUCAUAAGAAUCAAGGUGAUUUACAAAAAUUUUUAUAUAAGUGUCACAGAUAUGAAAUGAUUGUCCAGUUUUGUACGUACAGAGAGGAUUAAAUAAGAAAGACAAAAAAAUUAAACUUAAACAUUGCUUUUUGUAAAACAGAAAUUUAGUUUUUUAACAAGACAAUAUUUAGGCGUAAGUUAUCAAACUGAGACCAAAAAUUUAAAGGAUACUAUGCUAAUUCAUAAGGAUAAUUAAAUUUAUUCGUAUCAUUAUUAUCAAUAUGUUUAACGCAGAAAUAUAGAUAUACAUAUAUACUUUUUGAUAUAUUGCGAAAUCAAAUAUCAGAUCGAUUAUGAAUUUCGUAAUGCAAAAAGCUGGAAAAGAAAAAAAAAUAUAUAAAUUACAAGAAAAAU